AGGAAUGAUAUUAAUCACCCUUAAAAAUUCGCAGCAAGAAGACAAGAGAAGUGGUUGCAUUGAGCUACCUACUUGCAUCAAAUUGGCUGAGCAGCGCUCCAUUCAAGCCUUUCUCUGCAGUCACAACGUGCUGACCAGUCUCUUUUUGCAAUGGUGGCGGUCGCGUGCACUGCGUCCCGAGGCGUUUGGGCUGCCAACAGCUUACACAACCUGCAAUGCUGCGACCACCGGUCUGAUCAGAUCAGGUCUUCAACUGAGGUCGAGCUUAGGAAAGUUGCCAGGUCCCAUCAAAGCCCAAAUCGCUCAAUCUCGUCUCCUUUCAAUGGCCUUCCGUUCCUAUCUUCGACGGGCACUCUUUCAGGUUACGGAGACUUGAGAGCCAGCUCACAAAGGUAUAAGCUCAGGAAAGGCAGUGUCACCCCAAUCAACGCCAGUGUGGACAGUGGGGCAGAGGCAGACGCUGUAUCUGAGAGACCGCACGCGGUGACAAAGCGCUCACUGGCGCUACUAGGAUUGGCAGCAGCGGGGCUGCUUGCCGCAAACGAGCCCUCUGCUCGGGCGGAGGAAGCUGAGGCCGCGAGCGCUGAAUCUCCCAAGGUGACAUCAAGAGUGUUCCUUGACAUCAGCGUUGAUGGUGAGCCGGCGGGGCGUGUGGUGCUCGGGCUGUUUGGAGAGGCCGUGCCACGCACAGCAGAGAAUUUCCGAGUGCUGGCGACCGGGGAGAAGGGCUUCGGCUACAAGAACAGCACCUUCCACCGCAUCAUCAAGAACUUUGUGGUCCAGGGGGGCGACUUCGAGUUUGGCAACGGUCUCGGUGGCAAGAGUAUCUACGGCUGGAAGUUCAAGGACGAAAACUUCAGCGUGCGGCACAGCUCCCCAGGGAUGCUCUCGAUGGCCAACUCGGGACCAAACACAAACGGCUCGCAAUUCUUCAUCACGUUGAAACCGACUCCCUGGUUGGACGGGCGCCAUGUCGUGUUUGGAAAGGUACUGGAAGGUAUGGACAUAGUCCGAAAGAUGGAAGACGUACCCACCAGUUCGCCGUUCUAUGCGCCCCCAUACCGAGUAGCCAUCGUCAAUUGUGGAGAGCUCUAGUUGGCUGUUUAAAAAGCUCUAACCUCCACGCCGAAAACGAUUGAUGUGGCGCUGAGCCUGUUGCCAGAGUACACUCUGUUUUCCCUCCAUGAAAUAAGCUUUCUUUGCACAACAUCUGGUGCUUCGUGGCUAUGUACAACGAUUAAAUUGGGCACCAAAUGCGGCCUUGUCAACCAUG